GCGCCUGCUCCUGAGUGAGGGACCGAGCCACGGACCGGGGGUCGAGCGACGACAGCCCAUCAGCGAGGAGCAGGAAAAACACCAUGUGGAGAAAAGGUGGAGAGAAGGUGGAGAUAUAAAGGGACACGGAGGGAGAGAGGGAGGGAGAGAGAGAGAGAGAGAAGCUUUCAUCCGUCUCACCGACACCGGCUUCUGGUUUCGAACGGCUCGGCGCAGAGCGAAUGGACAGAGCCGGAGAGAAGCAGGAGCAGGACAGUGUCACCAACCACGGUAGCAGACACGUUUACAAUGCCGACGAGUGAUGGCCCCAGUCACUUCCCUGUCUUCGUGGCUCCGCCCCACGGCCACCACCCGAGGUCCCCAGGCUAUGUCCCCGGGCGAGUGGCCCCGGUCCGCUCGCCUCCACCUGCCAAAGCUCCGCCACCUCCUCCGCUAAAACCUCACGGCCCGCCGCCGCAGCGACCAGCCCCUUUUAACCUGUCAGAGGAGAGCCAGCGCAGAGAGCUCGCUCAGAACCUACAGCAAAGAAAGAACACGCUGAUCUGCUUCGGAGUGUCGAUGGGUGCAUUGCUCCUCACGAUUAUCCUUGUCCUUAGUCUCACCAGUGGAGAUGUGUUAGAUGAGAACUGUCCAGACCACAAUCCAUCCCUUAGUAGCUGGAACCCAGGUCAUCAACCAGAUAAGGCUGUAGUUGUCUUGAGGGGACAUUUGUUUCGAUUGGAUUCUUCCGCUACCUUCUUUUCACUAACUAUUCAGUCAGGAGGUCAGGUCGUUUUUGCAGACAAUCCUGAUGGCUCCAAAAACAUAACCUUGAGAACACACCACAUCCUCAUAGAAGAAGGUGGAGCCCUUCACAUCGGCGCACCCAAAUGUCGCUACCGUUCUCAUGCAGCCAUCGCCCUUGUGGGUCGUUCCGACAACAAGGCUGUUCCUGAGGUCACUGGCCUGGGCCGCAAGUUCAUAGGCGUCCAGAGAGGAGGCACCCUGGAGCUGCACGGCGCCGAAACGGUUUCCUGGUCUCUGCUGACGAGAAGCAUCCCAGCUACUGGGCUGGCCACAGGUGGUCAUGUCUUCCAAAAGAACUUCUACCGAGGCAUCCACCUGCGUGUGGUGGACCAGGACACAGCCGACGUGUUGGUGGCUGAACGCUACGACACGCACGACUCCCGUAACGACAGUCGCCAACUGACGCAGCUGCUUCGGUCCUUACCCACGGGCCGUAUUGUCUCACUGGCUGUAGGUGACUCAGCCGCUAAAAGUCUUCUAGAUGAAACCAAGAAGAUCAUUGAAGAGAAGCUCGGCAGCAGCUUUGUUUAUGACCUCAAAUACAGACAGGCGUGGGCCCUGGUCUCUGUGGUAGACGGCGGCAACACCUCAUGUUCAGAGGACGUUAGGGAACAUGAAAACCAUGACACGGGAGGCAGAGCUCUUGCAACACGCAACUUCACCACGGUGGACGGAGUGGGCUUCUCGGUAACCGCCUACAGCGAAUGGAAGAAUGGUUUUGCCAUUUCGGGCUUUCAGGUGGAUGCUGUGGACCAGGUGGUGCUCAACCUGCAGGAUGAAGUGCAGCCGACCUGGAAACCUGGGGAUCAAAUUGUCGUUGCCAGUACAGAUUACUCCAUGCACCAAGCUGAAGAGUUUACCCUGCUGCCCUGUCCUCACUGCACCAGGAGACAGGUCAGGAUACAAGGGAAGCCUCAGUAUAACCACGUGGGAGAGGUCAUCGAUGGAGUGGACAUGCGCGCCGAAGUGGCUCUGCUCUCCAGAAACAUUCUCAUUUAUGGAGAAAUGGAAAACUCCUGCUAUGGAGACAACCUGUGUCAGUUCUACAACCACGACACCUACGGAGGCCACAUCAAGAUCUUUGGUAACUUCUCGUCAGUGCAUCUGUCCUAUGUGGAGCUGAAGAAUAUGGGUCAACAGGCAGAGAGGGACCACUACCCCCUCCACUUCCACAUGUGCGGGGACGUUGACCAGAGGGGAGGUUACUGGGAGCCCACCUAUGUGGACGGACUCUCCAUACACCACUCCUUCUCCCGCUGUCUCACCAUCCAUGCCACCAAUGGGUUGCUGGUGAAGGACACUGUAGGUUAUGACACGUUGGGUCACUGUUUUUUCCUCGAAGAUGGGAUCGAGCAGCGCAACACUUUCUUCCACAACCUUGGCCUGCUAACUCGACCUGGGACUCAGCUGCCCACUGACCGCAAUGACACCCUGUGCACCAGCAUCAAGGACAAAGUCUACAAGGGCUACACUCCCUCGCCCAGCACAGAGUGCAAGGCAGUCUCCACAUUCUGGAUCACCAACCCAAACAACAACCUCAUCAGCAAUGCAGCUGCUGGCUCUCAGGAUGCUGGCAUAUGGUUCGUGUUCCACAGCUCUUCCACUGGAGACUCUCAUGGGCUGGUACCAGAGACCAAGGCGGAGCUCACGCCCCUUGGGAUUUUUUACAACAACCGUGUUCACUCCAACUUCAAGGCUGGUCUGUUCAUUGAUAAAGGAGUGAAGACCUCCAAGGCUAGUGCUGCUGACCCCCGGGAAUACCUGUGCCUGGAUAACAGUGCCAGAUUCAGACCACACCAGAAUGCUGAUCCGAGCCGUCCACGGGUGGCGGCCGUCAUCGACACUCUGAUCUCCUUCAAGAACAACGACUUGGGAGCGUGGAUACGUGGUGGGGACAUCGUCAUCCAGAACUCUGGUUUUGCAGACAAUGGAGUGGGGUUAUCCUUUGCCAGUGAUGGCAGCUACCCUAAGGACGAAGGCUCCAGCCAAGAGGUGACGCAGUCCCUGUUUGUGGGUGAAAGCCAAAACAGAGGGACCAAUGGAGGACAAAAUAAAUACUGGGGACCUGGAGGAGCUGAUGCACAGAUGAGGACGCUGCCUAGAAACAGGACGUUUCCGAUCCGAGGUUUCCAGAUCUACGAUGGUCCGGUGCGACUCACUCAGAGCACGUUCCGUGGAUUCAUCCCCACACCAGAGCGUUACACCAGCGCAGUGGGAUUCAACCUGAAGAACACGUGGCAGCUCAACCCACGAAACAACUUGUCCCAGCUCCGCUUCCACUCCACUGUGGGUCUGCAGACGUUCUUUGGUCGCCCCGGACAGUGGUUUGAAGAAAACGACCUGGACGGGGACAAAAACUCCAUCUUUCACGACGUGGACGGCUCAGUCACAGGCUACAGAGACACAUAUGUCGGCAGAGGUGACAACUACCUGAUCCAACAUCCUGGCUGUGUGCACAUGUCCCAGUGGAGCGGAGUGAUCUGCAGCGGCCGUUACUCUCAGGUGUACAUCCAGACACAGGGAGCCCCCAGUCUUAGUUUAUCCAUCAGCAGAGAUGAAUAUCCUGAUGCUCCUCUGGUACUAAGGGGGACUAACAGCCAGGGGGCGCCAUCUCAACAGUACCAGCCCAUCCUGAUGAUGAGCAAGAGCUACACUAUGCAUUGGAGUGGACCUGCUCCUAGGGAGGUCGUCCUCUCUCUCAUCAACUUCAAUAAAGAUGACUGGGUGCUGGUGGGACUCUGUUACCCGUCAGAAACCACAUUUCAGAUCAUGGCCGACAUCAACGAUAGGCAAAGCAACACCUUCGAUGACCUCACAGACUACGGCACAGUGUCAUCCCUUGUAGAGCUGGAGAAGAAGCCGAUGGAAAGGAAGUACUUCUUUGACCAACCGGCUGGCUUGUUGUGGCUCUACCUUCGGGCUCGCCAUGGUCGUGACGGUCACAGCUACUGUUCAGUGAGAGGCUGUGAGCGAGUGAAGGUCAUGGCCACCACAUCCUCCAAACAGACCUGUAACUGUACAGCUAAGGCCUACCCUAAGUACUCCAGGAGUCCCUCAGCUGUGGUGCCUAUGCCGGCUCUAAACACGCAGCCCUGCAAAGGCUGUGGUGCCAAACAGCUCGUGUUUUCCAGCGAGCCGUGGACUUCCUACCUCCAGACACAGAUCAAGUCUCUCAGCAGCCAAGAGCAGCAGCAGAGAGAAGAUAACAGCUCCUUUAUCACUGUAAAUGAGGAGACCAUGUCCUUCUCUCAGCCGGGAUAUUUCCUGGUCACAGUGGACGCCUGCUCUGGGAAAGUCACCAAGAAAACCUCAUUUUCCAAAAUGGACGCUAAGAUGGAACAGUACCUUAAAAGUGGAAUAGCAAAGAGGUCGAUAGUGCUCAUGGCAACACGAGGUCAGCCAGGUGACUUGGUGGCCGUUGCUCCGCACCUGGUUUCCUUUGGUUUGGCCAAAGCUGCCAGUCUGCACAGUAAAGAGAGCCUGGCACUGUGGGGGUUCCAGGGUGGUGCUCCGCCCCCUCCAUGGGUUUCCCUACGAACCGGGCAGGGGGACGACUUCCUGGGGCUGCAGGAGCGUUACCUACCGCUGGGCUCGGAGGCGUACGGCUGCACGCCGCCCGCAGCUCAAUCCCGCAAAGACUUGGAGCUACUCAAGAAAGCCACGGGACAGCAAUGACAAAUGUGAACUGUACAACAUACCUACCCGAUACACUCUUGCACACAGACACACAAACACACACAACCAGCUGAUGAAUGUGAACUGCUGAACCUUUAAUUUAUUAACAAUAACAAAGAUGUGACCGACUUCAAGGGGGAGAAGGUUAUUUUAUUAUGAACAGGCGGAGUGUUUUUGUAAUUUAGUUUGUGUGUGUAUGUGUGUGUGUAAGUGUGCCUUUGGGGCCGCUGAGUCAAUGCACUUUCCCUUUUAAAGACACAACUUGCCUUAUCAGCCAAAGUGAUCUGAUGGAGCUCAGCAGUGCUGAAACUCAGCUGUUUAUCUCGGACGACAGAAAAAAGCCCAAAUCCCUUAACCUCUAACAUCUCCCUACCAACCUUUUUUGUUUACCACGAAGUAAAGGAAAACAUAAUGAAUCAUAUUGAGUCUGAAAAAUGCAUUAGAUACACACAGGCCUGUAGGAAAUUAUGAAAAUAUACUACAUCGUCCCUGUGACGAGUUAGUUCGAUUGGACCUGAAAAGAUGGAUUAUUAGAUGUGCUCAGGUCAAAACGAAAUUAUAAAAAUAAUUGAACAGCACCAUAAAGCCAAACAUUAACAUAUAGUGUCAUAAAACAGCCAUUUGUUUAUGUGUAUUUGGGAAUAUGUGAUGCAACACACAUUUUUAUUAAGGAAUCAUAAAUUAAAGCCAUAUAAAAAUACUGUAUUCAAAUAUUUUCUAGUAGUUUUCAGUGAAAUUUAUUUUGCCAUCUUGCCUUCCUAGCAUGUGAUAACAGUGAAGGUCAUUAAUCUCUUUCCACCAAUCCUCACACACAUCGUUAAGCUUCUGAGUUGAUAUAACAACUGAAUCUUUUAACUGGAAAACCUCCUCUGAUCAUCGGGCAGCUCGACAACUGAACACUUUAAGCACCUUUUCAUGGAUCCUUACUGGUCUUAUUUUGUUUUAAAUCUCAUAUCUUUGUAUGUAUCUCUUCGCAGUCAGUCCGUGGUGAUGAGCACACGCGCAGCACAAACAGACAUAUUAUCUUGUUACUUUUCCUUCUAUUUUUGUUUUCUUAACCAGAAUUGAAUGUUUUUCAACUGCCUCAUGUGCAUUAUCGCCAAAACUGUGUUUGAUACAUUGAAGGGUGCUUUUUUUAAGAGAUAGCACCCUGACUGUGCAGUAGUGAGCAGCAAAAUACAAACACAUUCUAUCUGUGAGGUUUCAGGCUUUCUGUUGAGAUUUACAGUUUAAUAUAAUCUGUUAUAGGGUGUUUGGAUGUGAGCAGGGCUCCCCCACUGAGCAGUGAUAAAUACCAAUCUGUGACUGUAUGCAUGUGUGUGCGUGUCCGUGUGUGUGCUUGUGUGUAUGACUGUAUGUGUACAUGACUUACCAUGUGCGAGAGAGCAAUUACCUUGUUGCCUUUUAACCACUCUACUGUCAAAAAGAGCGAGAGAAUGAGAGAAAGAUGUUUCCAUCCUUUGUUUUUGUUCAAUUGAUGCUUUAAGGAUGCACAACCAGAGCGUUAUUAAUGGGCGGGUUAAGUUAGAAAUGACCUUUGUAAAUACAGUGUUUAAUGUCUUGUUAAUGUGUAACUGUACAAACUGUACAUGUAAUGGAAAACUGGUUGUCAAUAAUGUAUAAUGUGUUUACUUUUGUUUUUGUAUUUUGUCGAUAGAAAAGUCAUCUGGAGGGAUGUUAUUGAAGUCAUUCAACAUGGCCUUUUUGUUAUAAAGUUGCCAAUUAAAUAAACAUUUAUGCCUUUGUGAUAAAAUAA